ACCACGACAUGCACCUGUUUUAUUCAACUCGGACAGCGACCACCAUAGCAAGAUCAAUAUGGAGAGUGCCUCCUACAUGAAUGAUUGGCUGCGCGUUCAGGGCAGCGACUCUGAAAACGCCGGCUCGUAGUAAGGUUCUUGUUCCGCUGCUUUUAUGGUGCUGUCCGUCGGAGUGCGAGGCCGAGCUGCCCCUGUUUUCUUCGACUGGGACCGCGACAACCAUCGGAAGAAGAGCGAGUCGGACAACGCCAGAGACAAGAACGACUCGUAGUAAGGUUACUGUUCCGCUACUUGUGGUGCUGCUGCUGUCCAUCGGAGCUCCUGGUGGCGCUUCCAGCCUCCGUGAGGAUGAGCUGCCCCUGUUUUCUUCGACUCAGACUGUGACCACCGUAGGAAGGUUCCGGUGCUCUCCUGCUUCCGCUGCUCUCCUGGGGCUGCCUUCCGGAAUCCCCUACCUGUCCUGCUGCUCCUCAGGGGUAGACUCGACCCGUUUGGGCGCUCCCGCCGGCGUCAAGCAAGAACGACACGCUGCUGCCGUCACGGCGUCGCCAAUCACUCCUUUUUUUGACCUCGACCUGUUUUCGGUGGUGUCCUGCUUGCUUCUGCUCCCAUCCGGGGUUGCUGCGGUGGUGGUGGUGGAGGAGGACUCUGCCGGAGCUCCUACCGGCGCCCUUGUCAGCAAGGUGCUGCUGCCAGCGCAUACUGCUGUCGCCCCAUAUCGCAAGUGCCAGUGGUACUGUUUUCGCGCCCUCGACGCCUGUGUUCACCACCGACAACUCCAUCGCCGUGCUGAUGGUGAUGUCGCUGUAGAGGAUGCUGCUAUCCUUGCUGCUGCUGCUGGCGGCAUCCUGCUGCUCAGUCAUGGAUGCUGCUACACUUAUUGCCUGUCUUCAGCGAGGAUGUUCUGCCAUUGGAGGUAUACAUCUUCCAUGUCAAGGCAUUGACUGGAGCGUGGAGUGGCUGGAGCCUGGAGCAACAUGAACGUCCAGGAAACCCUAUUUGACUUCAUCCUGGUAACUGGUCCUUUAGAUCCCUUCGACCUUUCCCUCCAUCUAGCUUGAAUCGAGAUUAUUAUGGGUAUCUUGUUGCUUCGGAUUGUUGAGAUUCAGUGUUAUUACUGUUUAUAGUGGAUGGACGUAAUCAUGCCGUGCUAAUUCUGGAAUAUGUAAUUUCGAUUCCAUCUUCGUGUGGCCUGAUAUGUGCUUCCCUGUUAUGGCUAUUGGGAAUACUUGUUUAUGAUCCAAGUGCAGAAGUUCUUAGAUGCAAGUACUAUUAUUGUGGCAGUCGAUUUUGUCCAUGUGAGGUUAGAGUUUGAGUGAUAUAAUUGAUCUCCUGUUAUCAAAGUUCCUGUCAUAACUAUUAAAUUGUCUUCACCUUUGCAUUUUUUUUCUUACUCUGGAGUCUGGAUUGGUUGGCCCCAUGGCUAUCUACACAGAUUUAAGUAGCUACUUGCCUACCUGUCCUGUGUCCUGUUUACUGUACAUGCAAAAAUUAUCUCUGCUUUCUGUUACAAAUGGCCAGCCUGUAGAAGCAUAUAUUGCUGAUGCUUGUAAUUUUGUUUAACUCGUUGAAUUGUGUAUUUUCCAAGUGUCUAGCACAGCAUCUUAGAUUAUUUGGAGUCUUAUCUAAAUAUCAGUGUUUUCUCUGCUAACCAUGCUUUGUUCUUGUUUGAGGAUAACGAGGACUAAAUGACAGCGGUGGUCUUCUUCUUCGACUCCAUGUGUUUAGGGCUGGACCUGAUCAAAGUGGCCAUGCUCUGUGUGCUUUGUGCAAUAUUAUUGUGUGAAUUAUUUGGUCUGUGAUUUGGAUGUCCAAAAAGGGCAAAGAUCAAACCCCAAGCAAUGAAUUCCACCUGCAUAUACAUGUAUGUCAGCUAGUUGGUUUGGGCCAGCUAGUUAAUUUGUGAAUGCAUGUGCGCGGCUAGCUAAGAGAAGUCGAAAACAAGUCUAGCUUGCUGAAACCUGUAUGCAUGGUGUUGCGCCUUGGCUCUGGCAUGACCCAGAAAGCUGUCUUGGCCCCUGGCGGCACCGUUGUUGCUGUGACGACCUUGGUAUAUCUGUAAUAUUGCUGUUUCGGUCAUUGUAAUAUUGGGUAUUAGUCAGCAUUGCGACAUCAUUCUUGUAAUCCUCCAGAUCUGUCGUAAUAAUGUAGUAGCUGUUUGUUUUGGACUUGCAUAGUGUUGUUUGCACUAUUGUUGUGAAAUAUUUUUGAUUUGCUACCUGAAUGUUUAAAAAAGAUUAGACCAUGCCGAAAUUUUAAUUGCCCUUUU